GGCAAAACAGAACAGAACAGAAUCCCGUCCCGUCCACCAUCCUAGUCCUACUCCUAGGAGAGGCCGCAUUCCCUUCCCUUCCCUUCCCCCUCCUCCCACCUCGUCGCCCUCGCAGAUCCCCCACACCCCCCUCCCGCGAAUGGCGUCCCGUCUCGCGUCCCGCCUCCUCCUCCGCCGCCCCGCUGCCGUAUUAAGUCUCCUCCAGAGUUCCAGACAUGCUAGACAUUUCAGCACUCAGCUACUUGAAGGUGCUCCAAGACUUCCAAAACCAACAUGUGAACGCUAUUUCCUUCGAAAUGCUUCUCCUUAUCAAAUUUGGAGUAGAUCAUUUGCUUCAGAGAAUGGUGACUUGGUUGAAGCUGUUGUGCCCUUUAUGGGUGAAUCUGUAACUGAUGGAACCCUUGCCAAUUUCUUAAAGAAACCUGGUGAUAGGGUUGAAGCAGACGAGGCGAUAGCUCAGAUUGAAACUGAUAAGGUUACAAUAGAUGUUUCCAGUCCAGAAGCUGGGGUAAUUGAAAAGUUCAUUGCCAGUGAAGGUGACACUGUUACUCCAGGUACCAAAAUUGCUGUGAUAUCUAAGUCUGCUGCUCCAAGUGAGGCCCAUGUUGCACCAUCCGAAGAGACCUCCCAGAAGGAGACCCCUCCACCACCUCCUCCAGAGAAACCUAAGGUCGAGCAAAAAUCACCAAAAGUAGAAUCUGUGAAAACACAGGCAUCAAAACUAGCCUCCCCCUCGGAACCUCAGCUCCCUCCAAAGGAAAGAGAGAGACGGGUGUCAAUGCCAAGGCUUAGGAAGCGCAUUGCAAAUCGUUUGAAGGAUUCUCAGAACACUUUCGCACUACUGACUACAUUCAAUGAAGUUGACAUGACCAAUUUGAUGAAGCUGCGGACUGACUACAAAGAUGAGUUUGUUAAGAAGCAUGGUGUCAAAUUGGGUCUGAUGUCCUGCUUUGUUAAGGCUGCUGUUUCUGCGCUUCAAAAUCAGCCAAUUGUCAAUGCUGUUAUUGAUGGCGAUGACAUCAUCUACAGAGACUACAUUGACGUUAGUGUUGCUGUUGGCACUUCCAAGGGUCUUGUGGUGCCUGUUAUCCGUGAUACAGAAGGAAUGAACUUCGCGGACAUUGAGAAGGGGAUAAACAGCCUUGCAAAGAAGGCAACUGAGGGGGCAUUGUCAAUUGAUGAGAUGGCAGGGGGAACCUUUACAAUCUCAAACGGCGGUGUCUAUGGAAGUCUUAUCAGCACACCUAUCAUCAACCCUCCUCAGUCAGCAAUUCUUGGAAUGCAUUCUAUUGUCCAACGCCCCGUGGUUGUGGAUGGUGACAUCCUUGCGAGGCCAAUGAUGUACCUUGCACUGACAUAUGACCAUAGGCUGAUAGACGGCAGAGAAGCUGUCCUGUUUCUGCGCCGUAUCAAGGACGUGGUUGAGGACCCACGGAGGUUGCUCCUUGACAUAUAGUUCCAUUUGUCACUUCUGGGCUAAAGAUUGUUUCUCGUCGAUUUCGGAAUAAUUGUACACAAAAUUUUGACUCAUGCCGUAGUCGCUUCUCCAACAAUUGAGAAUUCGGUUGCUGGCCUCUGAAUUGUAGAAGAAACAUCAACGAAUUCGUUUCCCUUUUCUGAGGUGAUACUUGUUGGGACGUACUAGUUUCCCAAACAUAUUGUGAUUUACAAUAGCAAAUGGACACCCUCCUCAACUUUGUUGUGCCAUUCAACGUGAUAAUAAUUGUAACACGUGACGUCUGGUUGGUAUCAGGCAGGUGCUCGAUUUUCAGUUCCAA